CGAUUCGGCUAGAUCGCCUUUUGCCUUUCUUCAUCCAAGCUUGUCCAGUCGCCGCUGCGACGCAACUGCUGCCUGCAACGCCGCAUCCUGACAGCUCUCCAUGGCUGGGAUCCAGCCCGGGCUGACACGCGUGGCUGCCCUCCUGAAGGGCGUCGAGUUCCGGUGGAAGGCCAUUCACGUGGCUGGCACCAAUGGCAAGGGCUCGGUGUGCCACUAUGCAUCGUCCAUACUGGUGGGCAUGAGCCGCAACGUCGGCAGAUUCACGUCUCCGCAUUUGGUAGAUAGAUGGGACUGCAUUACUCUUGGGGGCAAGCCCGUCAGCGAGCACAAGUUUCGUGCUGUCGAGGCCCACUACCUCGCAGCCAACAGAAAGCAUCACAUCGGCGCUUCUCCAUUUGAGAUCUUGACGGCCACAGCUUUCACCAUCUUCAACGAUGCCAAAAUCGACAUUGGCAUCGUUGAAGUCGGCAUGGGUGGCAAGCUCGAUUCCACUAAUAUUCUGAACAACCAAGCUGUGUCUGUCAUCACCAAGAUCGCACGGGACCAUGAAGGCUUUCUCGGCAGCACACUGUCGCAAAUCGCUUCCCACAAAGCCGGCAUCCUGAGGCCCAACACUCCCUACAUUAUCAGCCCUGACAAUGAAGUGAAUGUCCAGGCCGUCAUCGAACAACACGCACAGAAAAUUGGAGCAGGUCCCCAGCUCUUGAACACUAGCUUCAAUUUUCCCCAAACGCUGUACGGCCUCGCGAAGUGGGCUCGUAUCACGCAAGGUCUUCAGCCAUUCCAGAUCACCAAUCUCCAGUUGGCCGUAGUUGCAGCUAUGCAGGUGUUGCAGACGACAGAAUCGAAAACACCAAAACCCAACGAACUCGCGAAAACCCUCCUGGCCAACAAAAUCAGGCAAUUCCCCGGACGGCAAGAGAUGGUCAAAGUGACACCAGUCUUUCGUCACUCCACCCAAUUAAGAAACCAUGUCUUAGUUGAUGGCGCACACAACACUGACGCUGCGGUGGCGCUAGACACCAUCGUGCAGGCAACCAUGAGAUAUGGAUCAACGCCUGCCAAAGAGCGGCCUGAGUCUGGAUGGCCUGUCACAUGGGUUCUCGCUAUGACCGAAGGCAAAGACGCUCGGAGUUAUCUCGCCACACUGCUGAAGCCAGGAGACAAAGUUGUGACUACUGCUUUCGGUCCUGUGGAUGGUAUGCCUUGGGUCAAGCCGAUGGAUCCUAAGGAACUGCUCGAGAUUGCGAAGUCUGUUCAGCCACAGAUCACUGGAGUCCAUGUUCCUAUCGUCGGUGCGCUUCGAGCCCUCAGUACGGCCAAGUACAUGUCAGACCAAGUGGCAGCCUGGUCGCCUAUAGUCCUUACAGGCAGUCUCUAUCUCGUCGGCGACUUGCACCGCGAGUUGCGACUGCUAGCAUAUGACUGGUGGACGAGCACAGAACAGGACGUAGUAGCGGACAGGGAAUCGUUCAUGAAAAUACAGGCCGAGGAACGCGAGCGCGUGACCGUCUUACGCUCUAAAACUGCAACCAACGAACAGACAAAGUUGCAAGAACAGCUCGACGCUCUGGAUAGCGAAGUUGAGGUCCUCAAGAUACAGGAGACCCGUAUUACAAAAGAACGCUCAGUGGAAUUGGACAUGAUCGACAACGACCCAACUCUGAGUGCAGCAGAUCGCCUUGAGCGCAUUGAUCAACGUUUCGUAGAGCUUCACGCAACUCCAGAGGAGCUUGCUGCCUAUAUGGUGAGGGCUGAGAAGACGGCAGGCAACCUCGCUCGUUAUCAGGCCGCAAUGGAAGUUGCAGCCAAGGAGCGUGCCGCAAAAGCCGAGAUCAAACAAAAACGCAAAGAUAGGAUAGAGGAACGGAAAGAAAGAAAGGCUGAGAGGAAGGCCAGGGACGAGAUGCUUCUCGGAGGGAAGCAGAGGAGAGGCAAGUACUCAGGGAGUGAAGAAGGUGGCCCGAAAAUAUCCAAGUACCUAAUGGGGGAAGAAAACGGUCCUGUGAGGAUAAGCAAGCGCCGAGUGAAAGAUGAGAGUAAUCCUGUGAGAAUAGUCAAGCACUACUACAAGCCCACAAUCGGCCUGGCAGCCAUUCCAGAGCUUCUAAGGACGAAAGCCUGGAAAGCUGGCGACGAGCGGGAUGCAUCGAACGCAAUCAGGCAUUACGGGCCCCGCGAGCAUGGUGAGGAUGGGAAGCCUACGCGGUAACGAUAGUGUUGUCUGGCACAAUGUACUAUCUACUCUCAAUUCACCACUCUGCUUUACUCCACUACAGCCAGCCAAUAAGAAUUAGAUGCAGUGCCGAGCCAGUGUGUCCUGGAGUUGAGUCGUGCAUGAAUGUGCGAGUGGAAGUGACGCUGGAGACGAUGGCCGUUCAGGAGGGCGAUUCAGCCCACGUGCGUUGCGCCGGC